AUGGCCACCACAGGUUCAAAGUUAAAGGCUGCGAUCUUGGUAGUGUCUGAGACUGCUUCCGAAGACUCGUCAACCGAUAAAUGCAUACCAGUCCUCAAGAAGGUCUUCGGAGAUCUCGGAAAUGACCAAUGGGACGUUAGCGAAACCGAGAUAGUACCCGACAACGCUCUCGUCAUCCAGAAGACUAUCAAAAGUUGGACUGACGGCCCUGAGCCAAUCAAUCUGAUCGUUACAAGCGGAGGUACUGGUUUCGCAACUAAGGAUGUCACUCCGGAGGCAGUUACGCCGCUAAUUGAUAGACAUGCUCCUGGUCUUAUACAUGGCAUGCUCACAACUUCCUACGCCGUCACGCCAUUUGCACUCAUGGCGAGACCUGUUGCUGGAGUCAGAAAAAAGACUUUGAUAUUGACUCUGCCUGGAUCACCGAAAGGCGCCAAAGAGAACCUCGAGGCAGUUCUAAAGUUACUACCACAUGCGUGCAUCCAAGCCGCCGGUGCAGAGUCGAGACCGCUGCACGUCGGUGGUGUAGAGAAGCUCGAAAAGGACGCGGGUGUUUCUUCGGGUGGCGCUACUUCAGGAACUGGAAGUGGGCAUCACCACCAUCACCAUCAUGGGCAUUCGCAUGGUCACGGCGGCCACGCAGGGCCCAAAGCUCACACGAACCCAGAAGAGCGUCCCCAGUCCAAUGAUCCUUCCGCAGGGCCAACUCGCAGAUAUCGAUCAUCGCCCUACCCUAUGUUGGCUGUUGAAGACGCGCUCAAGCUAAUCUCGGAGCAAACCCCAGCUGCUGCAGUACAGAAGGUGCCAGUAGACAUGAGACUUAGUGGUUCGGUCCUUGCCGAGGAUGUCAAAGCCACUGAGUCUGUCCCAGCCUUCCGAGCUAGCAUUGUCGACGGAUACGCUGUCAAGAUUCCAGCGACUGGCAAGUUUGAGAAAGGAACUUACCCUGUCUCGAUCAUAUCUCAUGCACAGCCUGGCGAAGUGAAGGAGCUGAAGGAAGGAGAAAUUGCCAGGAUUACGACUGGCGCCCCGCUUCCUCCUGGUGCUGACGCUGUGGUCAUGGUUGAGGAUACAGUAUUGAAGAGCCUGACCGAUGAUGGCAAAGAAGAGAAAGAGAUUGAGAUACUGACUGAUGAGAUCAAGCCGAACGAAAACGUACGAGAAGUUGGCAGCGAUGUCAAAGAGGGUGAGAUCAUCCUAAAGAAAGGCGAAGGUGUCACAGUCGUGGGUGGCGAGUUUGGUCUCCUUGCGUCUGUAGGUACGACAGAGGUGUCUAUCUACAAGAAGCCUGUCGUGGGAGUCCUGAGCACAGGAGACGAAAUUAUCCCACACAACAGAGAGGGCCCGCUGCGACUCGGAGAAGUGCGCGAUACCAAUCGUCCCACUCUCAUCACUGCCGCACGAAGCCAUAGGUUCGAAGUCAUCGAUCUGGGUAUCGUCUCAGAUAAACCUGGUACCCUUGAGCAGAGUCUCCGUGACGCGAUGCGCAAGUGCGACGUUAUCAUAACCUCCGGUGGCGUCUCAAUGGGCGAACUCGACUUACUCAAACCAACCAUCGAGCGCUCUCUCGGCGGCACGAUCCACUUCGGCCGUGUCAACAUGAAGCCAGGUAAACCCACCACGUUCGCCACUGUGCCCGUCAAGGACAAUGAUGGAAGCCAUGUCACCAAGUCGAUUUUCUCGCUUCCUGGCAAUCCAGCUUCAGCCGUCGUGUGUUUCCAUCUCUUCGUUCUGCCUGCAUUGCAUCAGCAAGCUGGGAUAAAGCCACUCGGACUACCAAGGAUCAGAGUUAUACUGGAUGAAGAUGUGAGGAUGGAUAAGGGUCGUCCAGAGUAUCAUCGUGCGCUUGUCGUGACGAAAGAGGAUGGGUUACUAUACGCCAGCUCAACAGGCGGGCAGAGGAGUAGCCGCAUCGGCAGCUUCAGAGGUGCGAAUGCGCUGCUUUGUAUGCCACAAGGCGAAGGUAGCUUGAAGAAGGGAGAGAAGGUCGAGGCACUGCUCAUGGGGAAGUUGGGUGAAGUUGAGCGAUGA